UAGGAUCUGCUCCAGUAAUUCCGGAGGGAGGUACUGUCAUAGUAAUUCCGCCAUUGGUUCUGAACCCAACUACGACUAGCCUCCAUUCCCGAAUGGGAAGGGGGGGAUAGGAGAGCGUUGGUAUCUAUAUUCUUAUUUCGAUCUCCUUAUUUGUGCUGCUGCCGACAGUCCUUGGUAAUGGAGGGGCCACAAUGCCGAGAGUCGUCGCUCUGGCGCCUUGCGAUCUCGUCAACGCUGCUUGCACUCCUCGCAACUGUCGCGAGAGCUGCCAACGUGACCAUCACGCAUCUCCGUUUGGACACGACUCACGACUCGCCCUACUCGCCGUGGGAGCCGUCGGUGUAUUUCCAGUGCGAGGGCGAGAUGAAACACUUCCUGCAGGGGGUGGUGCAGGCCAAUGUCACCUACAACUUCACCGGCCAGGAGGCGUUUCAGCCCCUGGUGGAGCUCGCCUCGUCACAGUGCAAGACAUGUGGCCUAUACGAGGCGGACACGUGGAAGGCAGACGACACGUUUGACAAGUUCCAGCUGUGCGCCGAUGACUUCAGGAGUGGCAAGGAGGGGCGGGUGGCUCGAUGGGUGGCUGGAGAGUUCAAGGUGGCGCUCUUGUGCCCGGAGUGCCUCGACAGACACGACCACACGCCUGUAGAAGCUCUCCUACAGGGCGACUCCUUCUACCCGCUGCUGCCUUUCCUCAUCUUCCUCGCAGCAGCAGCCACCAUCACCUGCGCAGCUGCCAUCCUCUCCUGCUGCAUAGAGCGCAGCAUCUGGCCCUUCAACCACACCAAGGGGCAGCAGCACACUGCACUGGAAAAGGAACAACUGGCCGAAGCCACUGCUUUCAUUGGGAGUAGCGAUGAGGAGGAGGAGGAGGGUUGGGAGGAUGGGGAUGGGAGAAGGGACGGAGAGGGGAGGGAGAGGGGGAGGGGCGCGGAAGGGAUAGAGAUGGGGGAUGUGGGGAGGAGAGAGGGGGGGGGAGAGGGGAGCGGGCUGGUGAACGGUGGUGGUGGGGAUGUGGAAUCGGGGGAGGGGGGGUGGGUGGGAGUGGGAGGAAGGCGCAAGGGGACUGUAUGCAUGGGAGGCCUUAUUCCGUUCCGCUGGAAGAGAGGGUGGAUGUUUGAGACGCUUACAAAGCAAGGUCCCGUUAUUGAGAGAUCCACUUGUGGUAGAUGAUGUGAACGUACUGCCUUAAGUUAUAGAUUCUAUGUAGCAAACAUUGCCACAUGUCAUAGUAACAUUUCUAUACACAUUGUGACAUGGAU